CCACCACCAUCUCAUCUUCUCAUCCUAUUCGUGUACGAAUCCGCGAUCCGCGAGUAAACGUUAGGUCGCGUCUGAGGAAGGUCUCGCAACAUCUCGAGCGAGGGAAGGAGAAGAGGUGGAGCGAGGUAGACGCCAGCGGCGUUUCGUGAGGAUCGUUUCCGCGAACGGUGCUCGCACGGAGCAGCUCGGAGUCGGAGAGACGCGCAGUUCGCAUAUGCCUGUUCGAGGUCAGUUCGCAGCAGCUUCGGCGGCCGGCAGCGUGAGCAGCGGAUCUGUGCGCGCAAGCGUGACGCAAAAUUCACGGCGGCAUGGCGGAGCGCAGGAAAAACAGGAAGCGAAAAGAUGAAGUGGCCAGUUUGGACACAAAGGUUGCCCAAGACAAGCCAUCCAAGGAGGAGUAUGCGGUGGCGAAGUGGAUACGCAGCAACGUACCGUCGAAGAAGACCAAGUUCGAUAGGGCUCACAAUGUCGAGUACUUUACUGGGUCGCGCGCGAUCGAUGCUUUAUUGGAAAAUUCACCCUGGAGCACAGUGUUUGAGAAUCGCGAGCAGGUUUCCCAGUUCUUGGACCUGAUGUUGAGGCACAAGUUCUUUCACAGAGCCAAGAAAGUAGUGAUUUCGGAGGAGGAACUCAAUAAAAUGAGGGGUAUUAAAAAGAAGACUAAAGACGACAAGAAACCUGAAAAGGAAGAUCCGAAGGAGAACAAAGAUAUGGUUGCGGCAAAGGAUGAGAAAAGCGAAGAGAAAGCCGAGGAACGAAAAGAACAUAAGAAAAAACCCAAAGUAAGAUUAGAAAUGCACUUGGAUCAGUACUUUGUGGAUUGUAACGAUGCAUAUGUGUGGAUAUACGAGCCAAUUCCUGUGUAUUAUUGGUUUUUUGGCACAUUGGUAGUCUUAGGUGCGAUAGGGGUCUGUCUCUUCCCAUUGUGGCCAUUAACUAUCCGUCAUGGCGUAUAUUACCUAAGUGUCGCCGCCGCGGGAUUCCUCGUAUUCAUAUUAGCAUUGGCUAUUAUCAGAAUGAUUGUAUUUUGUCUUCUGUGGGUUCCCACAUUAGGUCGAUGUCAUCUGUGGCUACUACCUAACUUGACGGCCGAUGUUGGCUUCUUCGCGUCCUUCUGGCCAUUGUAUCAGUACGAAUAUUAUGGUCCAUCUGAUAACGAUAAGAAAAGUAGUAAAAAGAAAAGAAAGAAGGAAAAGGAUUCUGACUCUGAGGAUGCGCCAUUACUUCAUUCAGAAGAGAUAUCUAAUACGACGGAACCGCCUAAGGAAGAUGAGCGAAUCGAGGAGUUACCUUCGCCCAGUGAAGAAAAGAAAGUUUCGUCUGAUUCCGCCGAGGGAGAGGAUGGCAGCGAGGAAGGCUCGGAGAGUGAGAAAUCUAAUACAGGUCGAGAUUUUGUUAUGGUUUAAGACGGAUAGGCCGGGCAAUAGAUAGCUUCAUGUUUUCUGGAACAAAAAGCUAGUAUAAUUUUGCAUUAAUCAUCGUUGAAAUCGAAAUGCUUGCUAUGCGUUAAUCCGACCAUCAGACUAAAUGAAUGCACGGAUUUGAAAAAACCGAUCAUAGCAGAUUCUCCAAACUUUGUUGCAUUUACAUACGAUCAAGAUCGAAUGAGCAAAAACCGCUUGUGAUUUUUGCAUGAGAAAUGAAUUUCCAAUAACUGGUGUGAUUGUAAAAUACUACACUUUAGAAAACGUGUGAUAAGACAUUUUAUUCUAUAUGUGUAAUACGAAAGAAUUAUUAUUAGGCGUAUGAUUGCGUUAUCGAGCGUAUAUCUCUCUCAGUUUCCGUUGAAUAAAUUAUGAGUAUUGUUCCAAGUCUUCAAUCUCUCAACGCGAUCCAUGUCUACCGACAGUUAACAUAGUUAAUUAAUUUCGCACCUAGUUAACUAAUUUCUCUCCCGUUUGAUGUAAAUCAUUUCGAAUCCGGGGAGAAUAAUGAUUAGCUGGAAGAGAAGGAAUCUUUACGGGUACACAGAACUUGAUGUUUUCUUCGUCGUUUGUCGAUUUAGCGCGAGUUCCUUUUUAGCAGAAAUGAAACCCAAAUUUUACAAAGAAAUAUAUUCCCGGUUUGAUACAGAUGGAUGGAUUUAUAUUUUUAUGCGAAAUUUCUAAUAUCAUUGUUAUUAUUAUGAUUAUACUUUGCGAUUAUAUCAUUAUAUCAGGAUCUAUACAUAUAGAUCUACCAGUCGUGAGUUUAUCUAUAUCGAAAUAAAGAAAAAAUAAAGCGUUA